GGCAACUCGGGUAGAGAAGAAAGGCGGAGCAGCGCAGAGGGCGGCGGUCCCGAGGACCCCACAGCCCAGCCCCAAACUGCGCGCUCUGGUCGGUGGGCCCGAACCAUGAGCUCCUACCUGGAGUACGUGUCCUGCGGCGGCGCGGGGGGCGGCGGCGAUCUGCUUAGCUUCGCGCCCAAGUUCCGCCGCGCCGACGCCCGGCCGGUGGCCCUGCAGCCCGCCUUCCCCCUGGGGAGCGGCGACGGCGCUUUCGUCGGCUGCCUGCCCCUGGCCGCGGCCCGACCCGCGUCUUCGCCCCCGGUCACUCCCGCGCCACCCCCUGCCGCGCCGCCGUACGCGCCGUGCACCCUGGAGGGUGCCUACGAGCCGGGCACUCCACCUGCCUCGGCGGGCAGCGCAGACUACGCCUUCCGGGGGCCCGGGCCAGCCUACGACUUCCCGUGCGCGCUCGGGCGGCCGGCGGACGACGGCGGGGCGCACGUCCACUACGCUACCUCGGCCGUCUUCUCUGGCGGCAGCUCCCUGCUCCUCAGCGGCCAGGUGGAUUACGCGGCUUUCAGCGAGCCCGGCCCCUUACCGGCGUGUCUCAAAGAGCCCGCCGACGGCCAGUUCGGGGCCUUCCAAACCGCGUCCCCGGACCCUGGCGCCUACCCCAAGUCCUCCUCCCCAGCUUCCGGCCUCCCCGCUGCUUUCAGCACGUUCGAGUGGAUGAAAGUGAAGAGAAACGCCUCUAAGAAAAGCAAACUUGCGGAAUAUGGAGCCGCUAGCCCCUCCAACGCGAUCCGCACGAAUUUCAGCACUAAGCAACUGACAGAACUGGAGAAGGAGUUUCAUUUCAAUAAGUACUUAACCCGAGCCCGACGCAUCGAGAUAGCUAACUCCUUGCAGCUAAAUGACACCCAAGUCAAAAUCUGGUUCCAGAACCGCAGGAUGAAACAGAAGAAGAGGGAACGAGAAGGGCUUUUGCCCUCGGCCAACUCUAUGGCUUCUCUCCAACUUCCCCUCUCAGGCAAGAACCCGGGGAGCCCUUCUCAGGCCCAAGAGCCCUCGUGAAGCUGAGGAGACUUGGCCUGCAGAAGUCAUGGGCCAACCCAACCCUGUAGACUUACUAGCUCAGUUUGGGAUGGAGGUGGACCUGGGUGGAAAUAGAAGUUUCACUUGGGGAAAAAAGUGUCCUAGUUGACUUAUGUGGGUGUAUAGAUAUUAAUUUGAGGUCUCUUAAGCCACUCAUAUGUGUAUUAUUUGUGUCUUAUCAGGGAAAAGUGCCCAGCUGCCAGCCCAACUCUGCUGCUAUGUUGCCUUAGUCAUAUGCAAUUCCUGGGUGCAGAGUGGCAGUGCAUUAGUUGCAGAACUCUGCCAGCCCCCUGAUGUGCUCAAAAGAGCACCUACCCACAGUUUUCUGGUUUUAAUUAAAAGGACAAGACUACAUGUAUUCAGCUUCUUGAGAUGACCAAAGCUAGUUUCGGCCUCUUUGAUGUAGCUGAGCUGCUUCAAUGAUGAUCCUCACAUUUGCACUCCAGUUUUGUUUUUCUUUAAGAAGCAAUUUCUACCUCUCCAUGUGCCUGAGUGAAGAUACAAUCGCUGUUUAGUUAGUAGCUGAACAAAUCCACAGGGUGGGUAAAGAUUAGAACCUGAACUACACAUCACACCAAUUACUCAAACUUGAAUGUAAAUAUAUACAGUAUGUAUAUUUUUAAAAAGGCUUGCUUGAAAUGAACAUAUAUGACAUUUAAUGUCAUGGCAUGGAAAAAAUUUAAACUUUUUAAAAUAAAAAUUA